GACGCACGGCCCCGGGCCUUGGGGCGGGCGCUGCCGCGCUCCUGCGCGCUGCGGCGGCGGGCGCCAUGUUGGCGGGGCGGGCUGCGCGGUGGCGGUGAGCGCUCGGGGCCGCCGCGUUCGCUCCCCGUCUCCGCCCGGGGCCCGGGGGGUCGCGGCCGACGGGGCCUCCCCUGGCACCAUGAGCGGCGGCGGAGGCGGGCGGGUGUGCGACCUGUCCCGGCGGAACCCCCAGGAGGACUUCGAGCUCAUCCAGCGCAUCGGUAGCGGCACCUACGGCGACGUUUACAAGGCUCGAAAUGUCAACACUGGUGAGCUUGCAGCAAUUAAAGUCAUAAAACUAGAACCAGGAGAAGAUUUUGCUGUUGUGCAGCAGGAAAUCAUUAUGAUGAAAGACUGUAAACAUCCGAACAUUGUUGCUUAUUUUGGCAGCUAUCUCAGGCGAGACAAGCUGUGGAUUUGCAUGGAGUUCUGUGGAGGUGGCUCUCUACAGGAUAUCUAUCAUGUGACUGGACCACUAUCAGAGCAGCAGAUUGCCUAUGUUAGCAGAGAAACACUACAGGGACUGUAUUACCUUCACAGUAAAGGAAAAAUGCACAGAGAUAUAAAGGGAGCAAACAUUCUUUUAACGGAUAAUGGACAUGUAAAAUUAGCUGAUUUUGGAGUGUCUGCACAGAUAACAGCUACAAUUGCCAAAAGGAAAUCAUUCAUUGGCACCCCGUAUUGGAUGGCACCAGAAGUUGCUGCAGUGGAAAGGAAAGGUGGCUAUAACCAGCUCUGUGACCUGUGGGCAGUUGGGAUAACUGCAAUAGAGCUUGCUGAGCUUCAGCCUCCAAUGUUUGACCUCCAUCCAAUGAGAGCACUUUUUCUAAUGACAAAAAGCAACUUCCAGCCUCCUAAAUUAAAGGACAAAAUGAAAUGGUCCAAUAGUUUCCAUCAUUUUGUGAAAAUGGCACUUACAAAAAAUCCUAAAAAAAGACCUACAGCUGAAAAGUUGCUACAGCAUCCCUUUGUUACCCAGCCAUUAAAUCGAAGUCUUGCCAUUGAACUUUUGGAUAAAAUGAAUAAUCCUGAUCAUUCCACUUACCAUGAUUUUGAUGAUGAUGAUCCUGAGCCUCUUGUUGUGCCUCACAGAAUCCAUUCAACAAGUAGAAAUGGGAGGGAGGAAAAGACACGCUCCGAAAUAAACUUUGGCCAAGUGAAGUUUGAUCCACCCUUGAGGAAAGAGACAGAGCCACAUCAUGAAUUUCCUGACAGUAGCGAUUUUUUGGACAAUUCAGAAGACAUAUACUACACUGCAAGAUCUAACCUGGAUCUGCAGCUGGAAUAUGGUCAUGGUCCUCAGUGUGGCUACUUUCUGGGUGCAAAUAAGAGUCUCUUAAAAUCAGUUGAAGAAGAGCUACAUCAGCGGGGACAUGUGGCACAUUUAGAAGAUGAUGAUGAUGCAGAUGAUGAUUCUAAACAUGCUACUAUGAAACCUAAAGUGCCACCUCCUUUACCACCAAAGCCUAAAUCCAUAUUUAUCCCCCAAGAAACCUACUCUUCUGAAAAUGAAAAUCAAGGGACAAUCAAGAGAUGCCCAACAUCAGAGAGUCCAGCAAAAUCUACAUCUCAUGUUCCCCCCAGACCACCCCCUCCUCGGUUACCCCCACAGAAAUCGAAUCCUUUAGGUAAUGGAGUCACUUCUGUGCAGUUAAAUGGUGAAAGAGAGGAGCUGCCACAUCAACAGAACGAAGCCAGAGACACUAACUUUUCAAUGAAAGAAAAGAAGGAAAUACUGAAGCCAAUUAGUAACGGCCUUCCUCCCACCCCUAAAGUCCAUAUGGGUGCUUGCUUUUCAAAGGUUUUCAAUGGCUGUCCAUUAAAAAUUCAUUGUGCAACAUCUUGGAUAAAUCCAGAUACGAGAGAUCAGUACUUGAUAUUUGGAGCAGAAGAAGGUAUUUACACACUGAACCUCAAUGAACUUCAUGAAACAUCAAUGGAGCAGCUAUUUCCCCGAAGAUGUACCUGGUUGUAUGUCAUGAACAAUUGUUUGUUAUCAAUAUCUGGUAAAGCUUCUCAGCUUUAUUCCCAUAACCUCCCAGGACUCUUUGAUUAUGCAAGGCAAAUGCAAAAGUUACCUGUUGCUAUUCCAGCACAUAAACUCCCUGACCGAAUCCUUCCCAGGAAGUUUGCAGUGUCUACGAAAAUUCCUGACACAAAGUGGUGUCAGAAAUGUUGUGUUGUGAGAAAUCCCUACACAGGCCACAAGUACCUUUGUGGAGCACUACAGUCAAGCAUUGUUUUGUUGGAAUGGGUUGAACCAAUGCAAAAAUUUAUGUUAAUCAAGCACAUAGAUUUUCCUGUACCUUGUCCACUGAGACUGUUUGAAAUGCUGGUGGUCCCUGAGCAGGAAUUCCCUUUAGUUUGUGUUGGUGUCAGCAGAGGAAGAGACUUCAACCAGGUGGUGAAGUUUGAGACUGUCAACCCAAACUCUACCUCUUCGUGGUUUACAGAAACAGACACUACAGAGACGAGUGUUGUCCACGUAACUCAGCUGGAGAGAGACACCAUUUUGGUGUGUCUGGAUUGCUGCAUAAAGAUAGUGAAUCUGCAGGGCAGGUUAAAGUCCAGCCGCAAGCUGUCCUCGGAGCUCACCUUUGACUUCCAGAUUGAAUCCAUAGUCUGUCUACAGGACAGUGUGUUAGCCUUCUGGAAACACGGCAUGCAAGGAAGGAGCUUUAGAUCAAAUGAGAUCACACAAGAAAUUUCUGAUAAUACAAGGAUAUUCAGGCUUCUGGGAUCUGACAGGGUGGUGGUGCUGGAGAGCAGGCCCACGGACAACCCCACGGCCAACAGCAACCUGUACAUCCUGGCAGGGCACGAGAACAGCUACUGAGAGCUGCGGGGCAGGCGCUCGGGACGCCGGGGACUGCACACGCUGCAGCAGCCCCGCUGCAGCUCCCCCGUAAUUUAUUGUGAGGAAGAGGAAGAGGAGGGUCGCCUGUGGUAUGGACACAGAAGCAUUGCAAUGCCACGGAAGUGCUUAACUUACUGUUAUGUAAUCUUUGUACAUAGGCAGUAUUUCUCAGCGGGGCUUCUCGCCGAAGCCCCGCACUGGUUCCUGUAGAUAGAGGUCCUCCUGUCGAGUACAAGUGUCUUACCUGUACAGAUGUAAAAGUCACUGAGGAUGCAAACAUUAAAUCGGGGUACUGUUAUGGGGACGUCUCAUGUGUUUAUUAUAAAGUGGGAUUCUAGCAACGAACAUAGUACACUUAGCAACACUAUUGUAUUUUAUUAUAUGUAAUUUACUAAUACAAGUAAAUAUUAACUUUUAGAAAUUGUAACCAAGGCUGUAAUCAGAUUACAAUCUUGUUUUAAUUUCAAUACGACACACUGGUGUUCAUGUUUGCACAAUGUAUUGAGAUGUGAUGUAUUUAGUCACAAAGGUAAGCUGUGACUUUGUGGAUAUGACUCGGGCUUCAAAGUUCCUUUAUUUCCUUUAUUUGGGUAGAUUUCUUUGUGAGACAGACCAGUUAAACACCUGUAUUUUUAUAUUUAAUGAAAACUUUCCUUAUGAUUACUUCUCUAUGCUUGAAAACAAUACCUUCUGGAUGGGUGUCAGUCCCAGACUAGUGGUACCUGGCUGUAAUUCUGCAAUAGGUGUUUGAAUUAUUAGUGUAUACAAAGAUGAAAAGUAGUUAUUACUGUUUGUCUUACUGAAUAGUUUCAUAUCACGAUGAAAAGGAGCAACAUUCCACAUGGUGGAAAUGGCUCGGAGAUGUUGCCAUGUUGACUUUUUUUUUUGGCCUUAUAACCAUUUUCACACUUUUCUUGAUUUUAGGAUGUUAACACAUGGCCAAAAUUUAGUUACUACCUCAUUGAAACAAUACAGUGGUUACUACGCAUCACGGGAACUUAGUUUUGAUCAGAAGUAUUUUUGAUUGCUAUUUUCCAAUGGAGUGUGUAAAUGCCAAGUUUUAAGCAAAAUGCACACGUUUGACUCCUUUUUUUGUAUAUGUUCUUUAUAUUUUAUUGUUAUAAUAUACACUAAAACCAAACUAAAUUAAAAGUGAUUUAUGGCCUGCGUUAUUGUUGUGCUGGGUAAUGCUUUGAGAUAUGUUCCCUAAUGUAUAUAAUGUAAAAUAAAUUUUUUUAACAUGUUGUUGUACAAUUAGAUUAUCACCUGCACUGAUUUUCCACGUGAGACAGAAAUGGAACAUACUGAGUUUUCAGUUCUGCUAUUAAAUGGUUGUGCCAAA